UAUUAUGGAAGAUAAGAGCGGACUGAGAUUUACACAGGCAGCGAGCAGACAAUGACAAAUCAACUCUUAACCCGCAAAAGUAACGCGGUUAACUAGUUUUUAUAUAGAAGAAGGUGUUUUUCUGAUGUAAUGAGAAUGCUGGGCAUGUACGUGCCGGACAGAUUCGUGCUGAAGUUCUCCAAAGUUCAGGACGGGAUGGGGCUUUACACUGCCAGAGCAGUCAAGAAGGGCGAGAAGUUUGGUCCAUUUGCAGGUGAAAAGCGGAUGUUGAGUGACUUGGAUGAAAGCAUGGAUCCUCGACUGAUGUGGGAGGUUCGAGGGAGUAAAGGUGAUGUGCUGUAUAUCCUGGACGCCAGUAAUCCUCGUCAUGCUAACUGGCUUCGCUUCAUCCACCAAGCCCCCUCUCAAGAGCAGAAGAACCUGGCUGCCAUUCAGGACGGAGAGAAUAUUUUUUACCUGGCUGUGGAUGACAUUGAGACGGAUACAGAGCUUCUUAUUGGUUACCUGGACAGUGACAUGGAGGAGGAAGAGGAGGAGAAUGAGGAAGAUGAGGACAUCAAAGAUAAAGAUGAGAACAAUAGAGAUAGCAAACACCUCAGCACAGAAACGGAUCUGGUGAUUAAGAAGGAAGAUUACCCGUGUCUGCUGUGUGAAAGCAGCUUCCCCAGUGAAGAUGUGUUAGCUGAACAUCUGCAGAGUCUUCAUCAGAGAGGAAGUGCAGAGGACAAAGAGUUUAAAUGUCGCUCCUGUGGUAAAGAGUUUCCCGUCAAACAGGCCCUGCAGCGCCAUGUCCUUCACUGUACAGAGAGCUCAGCUACGACAGGAGACCCUUCAACAGUUAAUCAGUGUGCCCUGUGUCACAGCACUUUCUGUUCGGAGUCCAGUUUUGAACAGCAUAAAGAGGCAUGUAAAGGAGACGGCAGGUUCAUCUGUAAGGCCGAUAGCUGUGGGAAACGAUUUAAGAGUAAAGACGCCCUGAAGAAACACAAAGGCAACGUCCAUACAGGGAGCGCCCGCAGGAAGUUGAUAUGCACCAUCUGUAAUAAGAAGUGCUCAUCCUCACUCAACCUGCAGGAGCACCGCAAGGUUCAUGAGAUAUUCGAUUGUACCGCGUGUGAUAAAAAGUUCAUCUCUACAAAUCAGUUGAAGCGUCACAUGAUCACCCACUCCGAAAAACGUCCGUACACCUGUGAGAUCUGCAACAGAAGUUUCAAGCGACUGGAUCAGGCCACAGCUCAUAAGAUCAUCCACAGUGAAGACAAACCGUACAAGUGUAAGCUGUGCUGGAAAGAGUUCGCCCACCGAAACGUCUACAAGAACCAUAAAAAGACUCAUUCAGAAGAGAGGCCGUUCCAGUGUGAAGAGUGUAAGGCCUUGUUUCGCACCCCGUUCUCCUUACAGCGCCACCUCCUGAUUCAUAACAGUGAGAGAACGUUUAAGUGCGACCAGUGUGACGCCACCUUCAAGCGUAAGGACACACUCAACGUACACAUUCAGGUUGUGCAUGACGGACACAAGAAGUACAAGUGUGACCUGUGUGAGAAGGCUUUUGUCACACCCUCCGUGCUUAAGAGCCACAAGAAGACACAUACAGGAGAGAAGGAGAAGAUCUGCCCAUAUUGUGGACAGAAGUUUGCCAGUAAUGGAACUCUUCGAGUGCACAUCCGCAGUCACACGGGUGAACGGCCGUAUCAGUGUCCAUACUGUGACAAAGCCUUCAGCAAGAACGACGGUCUUAAGAUGCAUAUACGCACACACACACGGGAAAAGCCGUAUAAAUGCAGCGAGUGCAACAAGGCCUUCAGUCAGAAACGCGGCUUGGAUGAACACAUGCGUACACACACCGGAGAGAAGCCUUUCCAGUGCGACGUGUGUGACCUGUCCUUCAGUCUGAAGAAGAUGUUGAUCAGACACAAGCUGACCCAUAACCCAAACCGACCUAUGGCUGAAUGUUCACUGUGCCACAAGAAGUUCACGCGGAACGACUACCUCAAAGUCCAUAUGGAGAACGUACACGGAGAGACAGAGGGAUAGACAAUCAUUCACUGAAAAAUAUUUGUCAUAUACCGUACCAAGGAUUCACACAGAGUACAUUCCAUGGUUAAGUGUGGUUUAUUGAGCAGUUACUGAUAGUUAAAGCUUUAUUGUGUAGAGAAUUCACAACAAGCUACUGUUUUAGCAUCAAAUCAGUUUCAUCACCAGCAUGGAAAUGUGCAAUUGUAAAAUUAUGAUGUCUACUAUUUCUAUAUAUGCGUUUGUUCUUUUUGUAUGUGAGUUUCAAUUCAACAUUUGUCUCAACUGUUUGGAGAUGUUGCGUGACCAAAGAAAUAUCCUGCCAGUUUUCCACUUUUUUAUGUUUGUUGGUUUUAAAUGUUGUUUGCAUUUAAGUGCAUGAUUCCAUAUUUAUCAUGUUAUAUUUGCAGUAUUACUUAGGGUUUACAUGAGGUUUUUGUUUUAUAGUCAGAUUAACAUCUUGCGGUUUUAAUUUGAGAAGUGCUUUGUUUUUCUUUAGAUGAAUGACGGUAAUGUGGUCAGUCUGGUUUUUUAUAUAUUGCCGUUCUCUCUGGUGUUCAAAGGGCUGUCCGUCUUCCCAGAUCACAAUUUACUAAACAAUUGGAUCUUGCUAAACUGGUGUCGGAGGAAUCCAAUGUGAUUUGAUACACGAUUGGACAUGCUGUCUUGAUAGUUGUUCUUGAAGCCGGUUUCUAAAGCACUGUGAAAGUGGUCAUAAAAGUAUACUCAUUAUGUUUGAGAUCUACAGCAAAAAUGGACAAUUUCUGAAAUCGAUCUCUGAUCCAUAUGCAAGAGGCAGUAUUACAAUAAAGCUUAAAGAGUAAAUAUUGUGUAAUUUUUAAGGUCCUACUAUGGUUUAUGGAGUGUCCAAGAACUAGUUUACGUACAUACACGGUGUAAAAACACUUUCAUUUUCUAAUAAUAG